AAUAAUUCUUUUUUUUUUCUGGUGAAAAGAUACAAAAGUGUCUGUCUUCGCCACAACAACACAAUCUCCAAGGCUUCUCCUUUUUGUUGUCUUCUGCUUCAUCUCUUUAUGUUCUGUAGUAGAAAGUCUCCGUUCAUUUCUAACCAUUCAUAUUGAUCUUUCCUAAUCUACUUCCUUCCUCUGUUUUCUUGAAGUUUCCUAUACAUACAUAUGCUCUGUUCUCAUUGAAAACCAUUGGUUUCGGUUUACAGAACCGGUUCAUAAUCUAAACCGGGGAAACGGCCAUGCCACCGCCGAUAUUUCCUCUCCGUUGGGAGAGCACGGGAGACCAGUGGUGGUACGCUUCUCCGAUCGACUGCGCCGCGGCUAACGGUCUAUACGACGUCGUCAUCGAGCUGCUUCACCACGACACCAACCUUCUCGUCAAACUCACCUCCCUCCGCCGCAUCCGCCGCCUCGAAACCGUCUGGGACGACGGAGACGGCGGAGAUAACAACUCCUCCCAGGUGGCGCUGAACCGCUCCCGCGUCGCGAGGAGGCUGCUGGAGGAGUGCGAGAUCGGUAACGGAGAUAACUCGCUCAUCAGAGCUGGAUACGGCGGCUGGCUGCUAUACACCGCCGCCUCCGCCGGAGAUUUGGGGUUCGUCAAGAAGCUUCUCGAGAGAGAUCCGCUUCUCGUGUUCGGGGAAGGAGAGUACGGCGUGACGGAUAUUCUCUACGCGGCGGCGAGAGGUAAAAACGACGACGUUUUUCGUCUCGUGCUUGAUUUCGCUUUGCUGCCGGCUGAUAUCGCCGGCGUCGAAGAAACGGACGGCGGGAAACUGACGGAGAGGCAGUUAAUAGUAAAGGAAGAGAUGGUUAAAAGAGGGGUCCACAGUGCUGCGAGAGGCGGACACGUGGCAAUCUUAGAAGAGUUUUUACUCUCAGGAAGAUACGACGCCGUUUCAGGACUCAGAGAUGCUCAUGGCUCUACUCUUUUGCACUCUGCUUCUUGCAGAGGUCAAAUCAAAGUGGUGAAGUAUCUUAUAACGAAGUAUGAUUCAAUCAUGGAGAUUAAAGAUAGCCAUGGAAACACAGCUUUGCAUAUAGCUGCUUACAAGGGUCACUUAGCUGUGAUGGAGGCUCUGAUAAACGAAUCUCCACCGCUGAUCUCAGCUGUUAACAACGAAGGUGACACGUGUCUUCACAUGGUCGUGUCUGGUUUCGCAGCGUCCGGGUUUAAGCGGUUGGACAGGCAGAUGGAGCUUCUGAAGAAGUUAGUCUCAGGAGGAGGAAGCUUCUCCGUUGACUUCUCCGAGAUAGUAAACGUUAGAAACGGUAACGGAAGAACUGUGGUUCACUUAGCUGUGAUGGAUGUUCUCAACACCGUCAGACAUGACGUCGUUGAGAUUCUGUUGAGAGUCCCCGGCGUCGAUCUCAACGUUGUUGAUAUAGAUGGGAUGACUCCAGUUGAUUUGCUCGAACGCCAAACGCCGAGAACCGCGGUUUCUGAUUUAUUGAUCAAACGGCUUAAAUCCGCGGGUGGGAGAUCAAACGGCUGCGGCGAGAAGGUUAUACCGUUUAGAGAAGAGCGUUACGGAUUCUGCGGCAGUCCAGGAACUGCGUUUGAGAUAUCUGACUCCGAGAUUUUUCUCUUCACAGCGGCGAGAACGGAUCAUCGUACCGCCUCAAACGCUGAAAUGAGUCCAGACAGAGAGAGUUUAGACGGAAUCAGUGAGUGUUCCACCGAAAUGACAACGCAUUCGAAACGCAAACGCCGCGGUGGGGGUACAGGAGCACGUCUCAAGCUUCUGUUACGGUGGGCUAAGAAGGAAGAAACAGAGGAGAAUCGCCGUUACUCCGGAGACGAUAACAACAACCGUCGUGUGCCUCUCAGAGAGAUGUAUUCGGGGUCAAGGUCGCCGUCUGAGAUCGGAAACAGAGGAAGAGCGUUUCCGAUGAGAACAGAGAGCGGCGAUCUCCCUAGCUUAUCGGUGAGGUUGAAGUUCACGGAAGGGUUAAUGAAAGGAGUGGUGGUUCAGGAGUCUCCGAGGUUUGUGUUCUCGCCUCCGGUGGUUUCUGAUUACUCUGGAGCUCCGUCGUCGGCUUGUACGUCGCCGUUUCAGACGGUUUCUUCCGAAUUGGAGAGGAAGACACCUGCCAUGAAGAAACAGAGGUCUUUUGUGAACAGAUACUUGUGUUUCAGCGGUAAAGGAUUAGCCAUCGAUGGCUCUUCUGAGAUGAGUAAUGGCUCUGGUACUCGUCUUCGUCCCCGGAGUUUCAAAAGAGUUAUGUCUUUGGUUUCUUAGAUACAUACUUUCCUUUCUUGUGUCACACGUGACCUAAUGCUCAUGUAUUUCCAUAAAACGUCAAGAACUGAAUACAAAGAAAGUAUUGUUUUUAAUGUAAAAAAAAACAUGGUAAAGGAUACAAAAGAGGAUACUGCCGA